AUGACUCUCACGGAAAGUGUUACUAGUGUCCUUAUCGUUGGAGCUGGCCCAUCAGGGCUUAACCCAAAGACCAUGGAGAUUUUGGAAACGUUUGGCAUCCAUAACAAAGUCACCAAACGCUGGCAGCCUGCGACCGAUGAAAUGCUCUGGCUACGAGGUAAAGAUGAGAGACUGAUAAGAACGGAAAGACUCCGCAAUAAGCCUCCAAAUGGGGUCCGGUGGACUCAUGGCGCACUACAGCAGGGCGACGUCGAAGAAAUAAUGAAGAGGCGAGUCAAAAGUCUCUCAGGUGUCACUGUACAUUACGACACCUCUCUUUGCGCACUGGAUAUCGACACUUCUCAACUCUCUUCCCCCGAUGCCUACCCAUGCAACGUUUCUCUUCAACAAACACGUGAGGGUAGCACACAAAUUGAACGAGUACGAUCUCGAUAUGUUAUUGGAGCGGAUGGGGGCAAAUCCACAACCAGAAACCUCCUGGGCUUUGACAUGCUGGGCGAUCAAGGCUCUUCAGUCUGGGGUGUUAUGGACUUUAAGGGGACAUCUGACUUCCCAGAUUUUGGUGCGACAUCAAUUAUCCGAAGUGAUGUAGACGGAGCGGUGGACUUCGUUCGGCGGGAGGACGGCUUGGUCCGCAUGUAUGUUGAGCUCAACAAGGGGCCCGGAUGGGAAAAGCUCAAGAGAGUGGAAAUCACCCCUGAGCUUAUUUCCAAUAAGUGCCGAUAUUUACUGCGUCCUUACACGUUGGAAGUCAAUGAGUGUGUCUGGUGGUCGGCCUUUACGGCAACACAGCGACUCAGCAGUGGAACGAGUAAGCAUCGCCGUGCCUUUCUUGUCGGGGAUGCGAUCCACACACACUCUCCUCUCAUUGGAAUGGGAAUGAACAUAAGUAUACAGGACUCGUACAAUCUCGCAUGGAAACUUGCUGGUGUCAUCAAACGUCAGCUCAAGCCAGAGGUUCUCGACACCUACGACACCGAACGAGGUCUCGUGGCACGGAAACUACUCGAAGCUGACCGAACGUGCUUGGACCUGUUUGCGACUCCCUUCGGCUCAGAGACUUCUUCCAUUCUGGAGAGAGCGAAAGAGCUGAUGACAUUUCUCGCGGGCCGUGGUAUCCGCUAUUCGGACCCGCUCUUGACGUCGCCUUCUCUUCAAGGGAUGGGGGUUUUCAAAGCCGGUGAAACCCUCCCAGAUGAGAUCAUCACAAAUCACGCUACUGGACGAGCUGUAUCUUUACACAACUGUAUCAAGGCUGACGGAGGUUGGUGUCUGAUUAUUUUUGCGGGCGACGUAUCCUGCCCCAGUCAAAUAGAGCGUAUCCACACAUGGGCGGGAGAGCUGAACGCAGCGCAAAAGGACCCCAUGCUCAAGUUUUUCGGGCUCCUGGACAUGUUUCUGGUGCACUGUGCACCAUGGAACCAGAUCAAUUUGGCGGACUUUCCUCCGAUCUUCUUGCCCUUGCGUGAAGUGACCGGUCGAGACUAUGACAAGAUCUGCCUUGAUGAAGGGAACAUCUAUGAAGAGGCUGGUCUGGACCGGAAGAGUGGUGGAAUUGUUCUCGUGCGUCCAGACCGCCACAUUGGUUGGGUUGGCACGCUAGAUGGCUUCGGUUGCCUCGAGAAAUAUCUUUCGAGAAUUUUCGAGGUUGGGGUGAAAAACUAA